AUUUAAUUACUCGCGAGUUGUAGUGUACCUAAUUAAUUUUCGAACAUUUUUUUUUUCAUUUUUCGCUAUAGAUAAAACAAUUAAUAUAACGAUGAUGAGGUAAAUUUUUCUAGAAAGUGCUCGAUUAAUGAAGUGUGUACAUACACGAGUUGAUUACCAAAUGGUUGUAUUUUUCGCAAAAUGUAUUUUUAUAGGUAUUCCAAAAGUUUUUUUUCAAAAAAAAAAUUAUAAUCAUUAACUCGAUAUGGUAAAUUAAAAGCGAAAGAUAUAUUGUAACCAUGCAUACAAUUCGCGAAAUUUCCAACGUGACAUUGUAUCGUUUGAUAUAUUGUUCGAAAUUUUAUCGGUGUGUUUGUGUGAGUUUAUAAAGUGCAUGCCCUUUUUCCAUACAAGAUUUCGGCAACGAUAACGUAUCCGCUGAAAAAAAGGAUCCCCUACGGAAGUUAGGUCCUAUAUGUAUACUCGUGUUUGAAAUUCUGAGAAUACGAUAGCAAAAAAAAAAAAAGGUAUUUGAUUUUAGCAGUUGGCUAGUCAAGUGAUAGGGUUCACACAGCCGUCGUGUGUGUCUGUGUAGCCGUAAAGUAUACAGAGUUAUCAUCUAUCUCUCAAGUCGUCUAGUAUACCUAUCACGUUUUUAAAUUCGGCAGUGUACGUUACCAUCGUAGUAUAUGAACUUACGUGCAAAAACAUGAUCGAAAAAGAACAAACUUUUAUACCGAGAGAGAUCAACUCAGCUUUCAAACGACAGGCAUGGUACACGAGCAUAGCCUACACGACGUAUUUUCUAUUCGGCGUUAUGCGGGGUUUCCCCGCAUUCGCUUUAGAACAAAUGAAAUCCAACGAAAGCAUCGUAGUUGUUCAAUCAGAAGACUCAUUAUCGUGGAUAGCUAGCUUGAGCAUAUUUUCGAACCCGAUUGGUAGUAUUCUGGCGGGAAUCAUAAUGGAUAAAUUCGGUAGAAAGAUCACAUUACAAUUAUCAUUAUUUACAUUUACUGUCGGCUGGACGUUUAUCACGUUUUCGCAAACCAUAUGGAUGUUGUAUGCUGGCAACGUAAUUGUCGGAUUAGCAAUUGGUAUGGGAGCUUGUAGCACGAUAUACGUCGCAGAGAUAUGCGAGAUACGAAACCGAGCGAUGAUGUUAUCAUUUUUGGAGAUAUACUAUUCGUCCGGAAUAGUGAUGGCUUUCUUGCUGACUUGCUACAUGAAAUGGAACGUGGCAGCUUUAAUAUUCACCAUGAUCUCAGCGUUAUCGUUAUUCCUAUUGUAUUACAUACCAGAAAGUCCUUACUGGUUGAUGAAAAUGAACAGAGUUACCGAAGCGUUGGAAUCGUACAAUAAACUAAACAAUAAACAAAUCGCAACCGAAUUCGAAUCGGAAUUCAACGAUAUUUUACUAUCAUUGGACGGCGUUAAACAAGAAACCGGACUACGAGUUUUACGCAAUAAUUUCAAAGCUUUCGCUAUAAUGGUCACUUUCCACGUUCUUUUGCAAGGCUGCGGGUAUAAUAUAACCUUAGCCUACGUCAACGAUUUCAUACCGGCCAGUCAUGGCAAAUUGAUCGCCAUUUUGUACUCGUUUUCAUCGUUCUUGUCCAGCUUCGUGACUCCGCUGACUGCAAACUAUCUUCGUCGCAGAGAAUCCACCAUGGUCUCAGGAGUAGGCAUGGCUUUCGCUUUGUUUCUGCUCAUGGUGCAUAAAACGUUCGCCGACAGUGUUACCUUCGAGUACUUCUGGUUCCUAGUUCCUAUCGCUUUAAGUUUAUUCAUGUUUUGUUGCACGAUCGGCGUUUUGACCCUAUCCCAAGCCAUGAUCGGUGAACUGUUCCCAACCGAGGUACGUGGAAUGAUGUGCGGUAUCACCGAAGCCAUCGGUACCAUAUUGAGCGCUUUAUCGGUCAAAUUGUACCCUACCAUUAGAGGAGACUACCAUCAGAACAUGUUUUUAACCUUUUUCGCCUCGUUCGGUAUCCUGACGGCGUUAUUUGGUAAAUUCAUCUUACCCGAAACACACGGAAAGAGUUUGAACGAAAUUCAAGAACAGUAUUUCCGAAGAAAUUCAAACGUCGUGGACUACAAGAAGGCUUCAAAGACGAAAAUCGAGCGGCAAAUUUAAUUUAUCGUCGGUAUCUGCAGGGGAAAACGGCGAAGAGGCCAAGCGGCCCUUCGUGCUAUCGCUCCCCUUACCGCGAGUAUCGCGUCUCGUCUCCCUUCGAACACCUAUACUUAAUAUCCGAAGUUCGAAAUACGCCAACAUUCAAGAUGACGAAGUCGAGCAGAUUAAAGAGAAUAAUUAAACGAGUAUCUGUUACCAUCUUUUUGAGAAUUUGAUAGAUGAGAAUCGCACCCACGCUGCGUAGUCAAGUAUAUUUAAAUACGCGAAUAUUCGAUGCUGGCAAAAGCUGCACAAAGAAGAAAAUCAACUAUAGAGUGGAAAAAAUUAAAGGUAUUUAGAAGAAUUAUUAAUCUUGUUGUUGAAACGAGUGAAAAACAUCUUUUAUAGAAAAAAUGAAAUUUUUUACGCUAGAAAAAAAACCCUAUUCUGUACCAAUCCUUGUUAAUUAUUUUUUUAGUAAUUUUAUCCAUGUAUUUUAUCUUUUUUAACAGUGUGUCGUGUGAUUUGCUCAAUGUCCUUUUUUAUUGUAUUUGUGGUAUUUUUUGUGUUUUAUAAAGAUUUAUUGGAAACGGUAUCAAACCGUUUUUUCAUUCUGAGUUUUAAUAAAUCGUACGAUUUUGAUGAA